AUGGCAAUUAAGAAAGAAAAAGAAGAUAAGGAGAAUGUGAAACAACGUAGACUAGAAGCAAAAAUAAAAAGGGAAAUCGAAAAUAAACAGCCGCCUCCUAAGAAAAGGGUGGCCAAAAUUAAAAAUAAAGGUAAACGCGCAUUGUUUAAGAAAAAGAAUGAUGAUCUCUAUGAUGAUGAUGAUGAAGGCAACGUCAGCGACGUCGAUUGUUUAUUAUUCUGUGGUGACUGUUACUCGAAAUCUAAGGACAACGAAGGCUGGAUAAGAUGUUCUGGGUGCCUCAAAUGGGCUCACAAAGCCUGCACAGGAGCCGAAGAGGAGGAUGACGAGUUUAUUUGUGAUUUAUGUAAAUACCAUUGA